AGCCACACCAACAAAAUAUUAUUUCAUGAGUUACUCAAAAACAAUGUUGAAGCCACAAGUUCCUCAUCCUCAUCAAUCACACUUACUAACUGCAAGAAACCUCUUUCCUUGCAAUAUUCCCAAACUAUUCAAUAUUCAUGGCAAUAUUGAUCAUAACCAACAUGUCUCCUCCUCCUCAUCAUUUCCUACUCAUCACUCAAUAUUGUUUUCAGUCAACAAAUCACUACCACUCAAAAAUCUUACCACCAACGCCCUAGCAGGAGGAGAUACUGUUGAAGCUCUAGCUGAGGAGUGUAUUAAGGUCAAGGCUACUGUGACUGUCACUCAAACUCUUGGAGGCUUACUUUCAAGCAUUGGAAUAGAGAGAGGGCUUGAUGAUCUUAAUGAUUUGCUUGGUAAAUCACUUCUCUUGGAGCUUGUUAGUGCCGAUCUCGAUCCAAAGACUGGAUUAGAGAAGGAGACAAUCAAAGGGUUCGCUCACCGAGCAAGCAAGAAUGGGAAGGAUGUCACGUACGAAUGUGAGUUCGAAGUUACAGGAGAGUUCGGAGAGGUUGGGGCUAUAUUUGUGGAGAAUGAACAUCACAAGGAGAUGUAUCUCAAAGUGAUAGUCCUCGACGGCUUACCAAAUGGUCCCGUUAAUGUAACAUGCGAUUCCUGGGUUCACUCCAAGUUUGACAAUCCACAUAAGAGGGUCUUCUUCACUCACAAGUCGUACUUGCCAUCACAGACACCGAAUGGGUUGAAAAGGCUGAGAGAUGAAGAGCUUAUCAUGUUGCAAGGUGAUGGCCGAGGAGAGCGCAAGAAAGGUGAUAGGAUUUAUGAUUACGAUGUAUAUAAUGACAUUGGGGAUCCCGAUAAAGGCGAGGCCAAGGCCAGGCCAGUAUUGGGUGGAAAAGACCACCCUUACCCUAGGCGUUGCAGGACAGGUCGCCCGCGAUGUGAGAAAGAUCCAUCUGCGGAGAAAAGAAGUACCACCUUCUAUGUACCUCGUGAUGAAGCAUUUGCCGAGAUAAAGCAACUAACUUUUUCGGCAAAGACAUUGUACUCGGGAUUACAUGCAUUGGUGCCAUCACUUGAAACUGUCAUUGACAGUAACCUCGGAUUCCAUUUAUUCUCCAACAUAGAUUCAUUGUUCAAUGAAGGAAUUCACUUGCCUCCGUUGCAAGAACAAAGAAAAGGAUUUUGGGGAACUGUCAUGCCCAGGCUUGUCAAAGCUGUUACCGGUGGAACUGAUUUAUUUUUGUGCUUUGAGACCCCUGAAACAAUGAUAAGAGACAGAUUUUUUUGGUUUAGGGAUGUUGAAUUUUCUCGGCAAACCCUUGCUGGUCUCAACCCAUACAGCAUACAGCUGGUCAAGGAGUGGCCGCUGAAGAGUAAACUUGACCCUGAUAUCUAUGGCCCUCCAGAAUCAGCUAUCACCACAGAACUAAUUGAGCUUGAAAUUAACGGGUUUAUGACAGUCGACAAGGCCAUACAACAAAAGAAGCUAUUCAUUAUAGAUUACCACGACAUUCUGUUACCUUUUGUCAGCAGAGUAAGAGAAUUAGAAGGCACAACACUAUAUGGUUCUCGAGCACUGUUCUUCCUAACACCAGAUGGUACAUUGAAAUCACUAGCCAUUGAGUUGACACGUCCGCCAAUGGAUGGCAAGCCUCAAUGGAAGCAAGUAUUCACCCCUGCUUGGCAUUCCACCGGUUGCUGGCUUUGGAGACUUGCCAAAGCUCAUUUCCUUGCUCAUGACGCAGGUUAUCACCAACUUGUUAGCCACUGGCUAAGGACACACUGUGCAACAGAACCCUACAUAAUUGCUACUAACCGGCAACUCAGCGUGAUGCACCCAAUCUACAGACUAUUACAUCCACAUUUCCGGUACACAAUGGAGAUCAAUGCUCUAGCACGACAAGCACUAAUUAAUGUAGAUGGAAUCAUUGAAACCUCAUUCUCACUUGGCAAGUAUUCUGGGGAGAUCAGCUCUGCUGCCUAUGAUCAGCAAUGGCGCUUUGACUGCGAGGGCUUACCCAAAGACCUAAUUCGUAGGGGACUAGCUGUUGAGGAUCUGACUGCUCCCCAUGGUCUGAGCCUAACUAUAGAAGACUAUCCUUUUGCCAAUGAUGGUCUACUCAUAUGGGAUGCCAUCCAAACAUGGGUCAGUGACUAUGUCAAGCACUACUAUCCAAAUGCAAGCUCCAUUGAUUCUGACGCAGAGAUUCAAGCAUGGUGGACUGAAAUUCGCACAGUAGGGCAUGCGGACAAACAGGAUGAACCAUGGUGGCCUAAACUUGAGACACCACAUGACCUCAUUGAAAUUCUCACUACUAUGAUAUGGGUUACCUCUGGGCACCAUGCAGCAGUGAACUUUGGGCAAUAUGUCUACGCAGGCUAUUUCCCAAAUAGGCCUACCAUUGCUAGAGUCAAUAUGCCAAACGAAGACCCGACCAAUGAACAGUGGAAAUCUUUCUUGAACAAGCCUGCAGUGCAACUUUUAAAGACUUUCCCUUCGCGAAUACAGGCAACAAGAGUGAUGGCUGUUUUGGAUAUUCUAUCCACUCACUCUCCCGAUGAGGAAUACCUUGGAGAGUUUAUGGAGAAAUCAUGGAGUGAGGAUCCCAUUAUAAAUGCCGCUUUUGAAAGGUUCAAUGGGAGGCUAAGGCAGAUUGAAGGAAUAAUUGAUGAGAGGAAUGCUAAUGAGGAUUUAAAGAACAGACAUGGAGCUGGAGUCAUGCCAUAUGAGCUGCUGAAGCCAUUUUCCGAGCCAGGAGUUACAGGGAAGGGUGUUCCAUACAGUAUAUCUAUUUGAUGUUAUGUACUUUUUAUGUACUUUUAACGUAUGUUGAAUGAAUAGAGGAAUAAUACAUACACGUCAUAGAAGUUGCAUAAAAUGGACAUCCUCGUUAUCUUGUAACAUGAUUGAAGGCCUAAGCCUACAGAAUAUGAUUCGAGCGUUAAAACCUCUGAUACGUGGUUAGUGUAACAUAUUGCAGGACUUCUUGUAAUCACUCUACACAGCCAGCAGUGAAAUCGGUGUUCGCUUA